AUGCCUAUAAGUAUUCAUGUCCAUGGUACUGUUCUGACUGCAGGCUGUGACACUGGUUUUGGACAUCUCUUGGCUAUCCGGCUAGCAGCUGACGGCUUCCGUGUCUACGCUGGCUGCCUCAGUACCUCCAGUGACGGAGCCGCGAUCCUCAGACGAAUUCCCAACGUGUGCGUCUUACAACUGGACGUAACGAAGGAGGAUGACAUCGAAGAAGCCUACGUGGCCAUCACCUCAGACUGUAGUAAUACAGCUCUCUGGGCGGUGGUGUCCAACGCCGGAGUGAUGACUGUCGGUCCGCUGGAAUGGCACAGCACGGCCAAGAUACGAGCCUUGUUCGAAGUAAAUGUGUUCGGAGCCACUGCCGUGAUUGUCAAGUUCCUUCCUCUCCUUAAAAAGUCGCAAGGGAGGAUUGUCAUUGUGUCCAGCAUGUUCGGCCGCAUGACGGCUUCGUUGGCAGUGCCUUACUGCAUGUCGAAGCACGCAUGUGUCUCCCUAGCGGAUGGACUCCGUCGAACGUUAAAGGCGGCAGGUGUUCAAGUUAUCACCAUCGAACCGACUGCGUACAGGAGCGCGAUAUCUGACCCGGAUGUAAUGGCCCAACGUGUCGAUGAGCUCGUCGCAAGCCUCCCCUCGGAAGUGCGCAAGGACGUCGACCCAGCGAGAGUGUCAAAACUCAAGGUCCGAGCCAGAAUCUUCACGGAGAGCCUUCUGCGAGACGAUCCGUGCGAAGUAGUUAGGGACAUGGUCUCCGCCCUCAAGGAAGCGCAUCCUAAGGCGCAUUACAGGACUGGGGGAACUGCGGACAGGGUGGUGCGCCUCCUGAACUACGUGCUUCCGUCAGAGGUCGCAGACUACGUGCUCUUCACCGUGGCUAAGUCGAAUGGCGUAAAAGAAAAAGCGAGAACGUACCUUGAGGGGCGCAAAGUGAAAUAGGGAAGGGUUUGCAUUAGCGGUUAAACAUUUCAACAGAAACUUCGUUAGCACUGCUACAGCAGCCUACAGGUACCACUCAGGAAAGCUGGGCUAGCAGUCGAGCUGAAACCCUGCUUUGUGCUCACAUAUUAUGCCAAUAUAUCUUUACAUGUCGCCCAUGAACCUAAACAAAAAUAAAGCCAAAGUUCAUCAAAAAUUUGCACAAAAAGAACAUUCAAGUAACUACGCCUGCAACUUAAGAGACGUAUGCGAGACUAAAAUCACCUGACGAGAAACAUGGGGACGCAAGACUCCAAACAGCUUCAUUUCGCAGAUAUAAAGCAGUUUCACUUUAUUUUCUCGAGAAUAAAGCGGUCAAAUUUUCCGAGAUUAUGCAGUUUCAAGUGUUUCGAGUGACUUCGAAUAAGGCGGAGAAAUAAAGCCGGCAAUUAAACUCGCUACCUGAGCAGCAGAGCGUCAUGUAUCAAUGAUUGAGCCACCCCGGCGCGUCUAAUCAAUAACGAGAACACCUUACCAAAACUAAAUUGAGCAAGACUACAUAUGCUUACUUGCGAAACCAUAGCGCAAACAGUAAGAACAAAAAAAACACACGGGAAGCCACCUGACCUAAAUUCGCAGCUUAUUAAUGUAUUUGUAAGCGCCGUUUCUCAAUAAAGUUACUUGGU